AUGCCCCAUAGUGUUACAUUAGUGACUGUCUCGUCACGAGAGCACUUUAGACCUGUCGUUGUACCACUGACGCCGCUAGUUGUACCACUGACGCUGCUAGUUGUACCACUGACGCCGCUAGUUGUACCACUGACGCUGCUAGUUGUACCACUGACGCCGCUAGUUGUACCACUGACACCGCUAGUUGUACCACUGACGCCGCUAGUUGUACCACUGACGCUGCUAGUUGUACCACUGACGCUGCUAGUUGUACCACUGACGCUGCUAGUUGUACCACUGACGCCGCUAGUUGUACCACUGACGCCGCUAGUUGUACCACUGACGCCGCUAGUUGUACCACUGACACCGCUAGUUGUACCACUGACGCCGCUAGUUGUACCACUGACGCUGCUAGUUGUACCACUGACGCUGCUAGUUGUACCACUAACGCCGCUAGUUGUACCACUGACGCUCCUAAUUGUACCACUGACGCUCCUAGUUGUACCACUGACGCUCCUAGUUGUACCACUGACGCUCCUAGUUGUACCACUGACGCCGCUAGUUGUACCACUAACGCCGCUAGUUGUACCACUAACGCCGCUAGUUGUACCACUGACGCUCCUAGUUGUACCACUGACGCUGCUAGUUGUACCACUGACGCCGCUAGUUGUACCACUGACGCCGCUAGUUGUACCACUGACGCUGCUAGUUGUACCACUGACGCCGCUAGUUGUACCACUGACGCCGCUAGUUGUACCACUGACGCUGCUAGUUGUACCACUGACGCCGCUAGUUGUACCACUGACGCUGCUAGUUGUACCACUGACGCUGCUAGUUGUACCACUGACGCCGCUAGUUGUACCACUGACGCCGCUAGUUGUACCACUGACGCUGCUAGUUGUACCACUGACGCUGCUAGUUGUACCACUGACGCUGCUAGUUGUACCACUGACGCCGCUAGUGGUACUACUGACGCUCCUAGUUGUACCACUGACGUCACUAGUUGUACUACUGUUUGCACAACCACUUGGGCUGGACGACUAG